CUGAGCAGGAGGACACGUGCAGUUGUACUUCAUUUCAGUUGCUUGUUUCACUUUGAUUUUUUGAUUUACAGUUUAGUGAAUUUGGUGUGGGCAGCGCCCACAGAAGCCGACCUUAUUCCAAUACCAUCGCCCGAGAAUGGGGAUGUCGACAUUUACAAAUUGUUUUCUCUCUGCGUUUGAUUAUAAAACUGCAAAGUAUGUUGUUGCGGAAAAUAAGAAAGUUGGCGUAUUAUUUAGAGUUGUUCAGUUGUCUAUCAUAGGAUACUUAAUCGGGUGGGUUUUUAUAACAAAGAAGGGUUACCAAGCUACAGAGGAGUCCAUACAGAGCUCUGUGAUCACCAAAGUGAAGGGGGUUGUAUUAACCAAUUCCAGCGACACAGGACUCAGUCUGUGGGGACCAGAGGACUAUGUUAUCCCACCUCAUGGAGAAGCAAGUCUUUUCAUCACAACUAAUUUCAUAGAAACACCAAAUCAGACACUAGGAAUCUGUGCAGAGAGCUUUAAAGUUCCUGAUGGUCGCUGUCAGAACAAUACUCACUGCCUUCAUGGAGAGGCAGUUACAGCUGGUCAUGGAAUAAAGACUGGUCGGUGCUUGAAAGAUGGAAAUGAAACAAAUGGAACAUGUGAAAUACAUGGCUGGUGUCCAGUUGAAAGGAGUCAGAAACCCCAUGUGCCCCUCUUGGGAAAAGCUGAAAACUUUACCAUCUAUAUCAAGAACUUCAUCAAAUUUCCAAAAUUCAGCUUCUCAAAAUCAAAUGUCCGUGAGACAAACGCCGACACUUAUUUACAGAAGUGCAUCUAUGAUGAGGCGGCCCAUCCCUACUGUCCCAUCUUCCGUGUGGGGGGUAUUAUCAACAAAACUGGACACAGGUUUCAGGACAUGGCUCAAACAGGUGGGGCCAUUGGGAUCCUGAUCGACUGGAACUGUGAUCUGGACAAAGGAUCGUCGCACUGCCAUCCCAGAUACAGCUUCACCCGUCUGGACAAGACCUCUGUCAGCUCGGCAGGCUACAACUUCAGAUAUGCCCGCUAUUACAAGAAUGCUGCUGGACAGACCUACAGGACUUUGUACAAGGUGUAUGGAAUUCGUUUUGACAUCAUGGUUCAUGGAAAGGCAGGAAAGUUCAAUAUCAUCCCCACCAUAAUUAACAUUGGAUCGGGACUUGCUCUGAUGGGAGCUGGUACUGUCCUCUGUGAUAUGGUCUUGCUUUACAUGAUGAAACAGAGGACCCUCUACAGACAGAAAAAGUUUGAAUCUGCGAAGAGUGGCCCAUCAGACAGCGAUGGUACCAGUACACAAGCUGGAACUCCAGAGGGACGGGGACCAGAUUCAGAUGAGAAUCGUAAGAUGCUCCGCCAUAAGGAAGAUGUUCCGAUGACGCAGACUUCAAACUGAUUGCAAGUCCACUCAUUAGACUGUUCUAAUGUUCUGUUAGGGUGUGCUUUCCAAAAAGGAUGGUUACACAGUUACAGGGGGCCCGCGGGGGUUGGGGUGGAGUUUGGACGAUUGUAUUGGCCCAGAACUGGCAGCAGGCCCCCAGAGAGCCCCCCCCCCCCCCCCAAUAAUACUUUAUACCCUGCAUGGUUAGCACCUCAUUAGCAACUUACAUGGUUGGAACAUGCAGUUGCGACAUAACUGUUCCCGAAACUUAGUUCAUGGUGCAACCUACGCUGUCAGAUCAAGUCAUAGUUCCAACAAAUGUUCACAAACAGUGUUUGAACUACAGCUCAGAGCAACAGCCAAAGACCUGAAAUCAACCUGAAAAUGGCUGGAUGUUAUACUGAUGCUUUUUUGGUUCAUUUUUCCACUUUGUUAUUUUGAAUAAAUAAAUGAAUAAAUGA